AAAACAUCAAGCUCUUACUUGGUGAGACUAUCGCCACAAGACGUAAGAAAGAUUGGCUCAAGCUGUUACGGGAAUCGAAACGACAGACGAAGCUUUCUUUGGCUAUGUUCUUCUUCUUCUUCGUUGUCGACUGAUGGAGCAAUAGGUGAGUGAAUUCUGACUUCUCGGGUUGUUGCUCUGUUUUUCGGCUAUGUUUUUCAUCUUCAUUGUCGGCUGAUCAAUGGGUGAAAAAUGCAGAUUAAACCACUCCAAGC